AUGGGGGAUGAUGGGGAUGAUGGGGAUGUGAUGGGGAUGAUGGAGAUGAUGGAGAUGAUGGAUGAUGAUGGGGAUGAUGGGAUGAUGAUGAUGAAGAUGAUAAAGAUGAUAGGGAUGAUGGAUGUGGAUGAUUGGGGUGAUGGGGUUGAUUUGGAUGAUGGGGGUGAUGGAGAUGAUGAUGAUGGGGAUGAGGGGAAUGAUGUGGAUGAUGAGGAUGAUGGAUGUGAUGAGAUGAUGGAGAUUAUGGGGAUGAUGGGCAUGAAUGGGGAGAUGGGGGGAUGA